GCAACCCUGGUUAGUAGUCUUCGCCGAGGUAAAACAACAAUGUCGUCAGUUGAGAACAUGAGAAACUUUGUCCACGAGCGGCUGACUGCGGCUGCGGAAGAAAUAUUCGGAGUUUUUGAAAAAACUAUCUUCGAGUACCAGGAAGAGGUCGACCGUCAGCGCAGACUGCUGGACAUCGUUUGGAAACCUGAAAUAAAGCUACGCAGAACAGAGCUCCCAGAGCAACAUGUCUGUAAGGAUGAGGAGGAAGAAGAGGUUCUCUCUGAGCAGCAGCUCUGUAUUCAGGAGAGGAGCUCCAGUCUGGACCAAGAGGACCCAGCGCCUCCACAGACCAAAAAGGAACAAGAGGAACUCUGCACCAGUCCGCAGGGAAAGCAGCUUGAGCUGAAGCAGGAGAAGGAGACCUUCAUGUUGACUCCUACUCAUGAGGAAACGGACCACAGUGAGCCAGAACCCACAACUGACCACCAGCUCGUAGCUGAGAGCCCAGAUCGUAAAGGAAGUGAGCAUGAAGACUCUGAAUCAACCAGAAAUCCAGAGCCAGAACCAAAGAAAAUAGAUCCCAAAAAUAGAAGUCACUGUGACGAUGAGAACUUGUUAAAGAUUCCCAAUGAUACUCAAAUCGGGAAAGCACUUUUCCAAUGUGAUACUUGUGGAAAAACAUUCAAGUGCAGGUCAGGUUUGUCUACACACCUGAGAACCCACACAGAGCUCCCAGAGCAACAUGUCUGUAAGGAUGAGGAGGAAGAAGAGGUUCUCUCUGAGCAGCAGCUCUGUAUUCAGGAGAGGAGCUCCAGUCUGGACCAAGAGGACCCAGCGCCUCCACAGACCAAAAAGGAACAAGAGGAACUCUGCACCAGUCCGGAGGGAAAGCAGCUUGAGCUGAAGCAGGAGAAGGAGACCUUCAUGUUGACUCCUACUCAUGAGGAAACGGACCACAGUGAGCCAGAACCCACAACUGACCACCAGCUCGUAGCUGAGAGCCCAGAUCGUAAAGGAAGUGAGCAUGAAGACUCUGAAUCAACCAGAAAUCCAGAGCCAGAACCAAAGAAAAUAGAUCCCAAAAAUAGAAGUCACUGUGACGAUGAGAACUUGUUCAAGAUUCCCAAUGAUACUCAAAUCGGGAAAGCACUUUUCCAAUGUGAUACUUGUGGAAAAACAUUCAAGUGCAGGUCAGCUUUGUCUACACACCUGAGAACACACACAGGUGAGAAGCCAUUUUCUUGCAAAACAUGUGGAAAGAGUUUUGGACUUAGUGCUAGCUUGAGGGUCCACAUGAGAACACACACAGGUGAGAAGCCAUUUUCUUGCAAAACAUGUUCGAGGAGUUUUGGAAAAAGUAGUCAUUUGACGGUCCACAUGAGAACACACACAGGUGAGAAGCCAUUUUCUUGCAAAACAUGUGGAAAGGAUUUUCAAUAUAGUUAUCACUUGAAAAGCCACAUGAGAACACACACAGGUGAGAAGCCAUUUUCUUGCAAAACAUGUUCGAGGAAUUUUGGAAAAAGUAGUAAUUUGACGGUCCACAUGAGAACACACACAGGUGAGAAGCCAUUUUCUUGCAAAACAUGUGAAAAAGAUUUCCGACGUAAUUCAGCCUUGUUGGUUCACAUGAGAAGAGCCCACUCUGGGGAGAAGCCGUGACUAUGAGACCUGUGGGAAAACAUACUUUGAGGCUAUUCCAUUGACGAGGCUUAUAAGAUCAUACAUACAACAAAAUACCACCGUUAUUCUUUGUCAACAUCCACUACAUGUUAAUUAUGAAAACAGGUAUUUGCCAUGAGAACAGAACUUUUCGGACACCACCAAACAUGUAAGAGCUGGUAGUUGAUGUUCUAAAGAAACCAAAGACUGUUUUUUUUCCUUUAUAAAUGCAUGACAAUAAAAUGGAUUGUACUGUG